GGCCUGGAAUUGUGGUUAGAUCAUGCUCAUGGUUACUCUGAGGAGGAAGGGGGCGACAAAGAGCAUAUCUAUCAAGCAUCUUGCCUAAGUGGCGCCAUUCGAUCAGAGCGAUGAAAAGAUUAUUGAAUCGAAAAUAGAAGCUUUAAAUGCCACCAAUGUUGAUUUUGCAUACGUUUAUUCAUUAACACACGCCACUUUGAAGUUAGCGCCGCCGGCUGGGUAGCUUCGUUCCUAAUAAACGUCGUUCUAGGACAAACAAAGAGGCAUUCUGCUGCUAAAAAAUCUUAGGAAAGAUUUUUUCUCUUUAACUGGAUUAGGUGCCGUUCAGCAUUUGCCUCCUUAUUCCGACAUCCUGGAGGAAACGUUAUUCAAAAUGGAAUGUGAUUAUGGCGUUAAAGAUGAAUAUCAAGCCAUUGAAAGUCGUCGUGGUUGGCAGCCACUAUUUAUGGAAAUAAGAGAAAAGUCAGCCAAUUUCAGCAUAGCUGAAUCAAAAAAAAUUGCUAACCGUGAUUUAAAUCGUUAUCGGGAUGUCAACCCCUUUGAUCAUAGUAGGAUAGUUUUAAGAAGAGGAACUUGCAGCUACAUAAAUGCCAGCCUUGUCAAAGUACAAGCUGUAGAAAGGACAUACAUAUUGACACAAGGGCCUUUAGCAGCCACUGUCUCUCAUUUCUGGGCAAUGGUAUGGGAGCAAAAUUGUAAAAUAAUUGCAAUGCUAAAUAACACUAUUGAGAAAAAUCAGAUAAAAUGCCAUACUUAUUGGCCAUUGGGAACCCUCCCAAAUCACACAUUGACUUUCGAUGAUGUUCACCUGACUGUUGAACUUAUUGAAGAAGAUCACAAGCAAAAUUAUAUUCUUCGAACAUUAAGACUUGUUGAUUUGGACAAUGAAGAAGUAAGGUUAGUUCGGCAAUAUCAUUACACCACUUGGCCUGACUUUGGAGUCCCGGCUACCCCAUCUGAUUUCAUUCAGUAUCUACAGGAUAUUCGAAAUACUGGAGGACUGGGACCAGGAACCGCCGAAGAACCAAUAGGGCCUGCUGUUGUCCACUGUUCAGCUGGCAUCGGACGAUCAGGAACGUUUUGCAUAGUUGACACUGCGCUCUUACAAUUGGAACGUGGCGAAAGAGUAAACGUCAAGGAACUCCUAUUGGAAAUGCGACGCUAUAGAAUGGGUUUAAUUCAAACUGCUGAGCAGUUACGCUUUUCUUACCUCUCAAUUAUUGAGGGAGCCGAAUCGAUGAAUAUUGAUCUACGAAGAUGGAUUCCUCCUCAUUUACCUGGGAGUACAAGUUGUAGUGAUUCGGACUCGGAUAGCGAAGAUGAUUCAGACAAUCCCGAAGAGGUUGAAGAAGAGGAUGAUGUUGCUUCUUCUGAAACAAUUAACUUCAAUCAAGGAUGCAAUGUCCAACGUGGGACAGAAGAGAUUAUUGGCAAUCAGGAAAUAAAUUCCACCAAUGAUUCGGAAGAACUCCCACCGCCAAUUCCUCCCCGCGCAGAAUCGCUGGUGCGACCUGAUUAUGACCGCCCUCUUCCUGUUCUUCCAUCGAAACGGCCUCGCGAAGAGAUGGAAGUAUAUACUACUUCUGAAACCGAAGAAGACCCUACGGAGAGCGACUCGGUAGCUGAAGAGACGACAACCAGCGAAUGCGAGCGAAAACGCCGGAAACAAGCAGAAUCCACCAUUCCAAGGACAGCAGAAUCUGACGAUGGCGGAGUUCGCCAAAGACGUGAAGAAAGAAAAGAAAAGAGUAAAAAAACACAACAAAUCAUCAAUAACAUUAAAGAGAAGCAAAAGGAACAAGAACGAAAGUCAGAGCGACACGGGAAGGUGAUUACUGGUUCAAAAUGGGUCGGUAUCAGCUUGGGUAUUUUUGUUCUGGUAUAUGCUGGUUUCCGGUAUUUUCAUGGUUGACAAGUUUCUUUUUAUGAAGAUGCAACUAUUUUCCCUAGCCAAUUCGCGUUAUCGUCAAUAUCAGCCAAUUUGCUGUGGUCUAAAGUUUCCCCGUGUGACUCUUGUGUAAACUUAUGUACAUACAGUGACCUAGUUAUUUUCUUGA